AUGUGCGGCCCGCGGCGGCCCGCAGCCCCCGGCAGCGGCCUCGGCGGCGUCUCGAGCGGCGGCUGCAGCGGCGCCCGCGGCGGCCGAGCGGCCGAGCCCGGGCCGGGAGGAGACACGAUGCGCCGCGUCCUCCGGCUGCUGCUCGGCUGCUGCCUCGCCGAGCUGUGCGCCCGCGUGUGCCGGGCGCAGGAGCGAGCGGGGCACGGGCAGCUGGCGCAGCUGGGCGGCGUGGUGCUGCUGGCGGGGGGCAACCGCUCGGGGGCCGCCUCGGGAGAGGCCGGCGAGGGCGCGGGGGUCUCGGACGCGCCGCCCACCCGGGCGCCCACGCCGGACUUCUGCCGGGGCUACUUCGAUGUCAUGGGCCAGUGGGACCCGCCGUUCAACUGCAGCUCGGGCGACUUCAUCUUCUGCUGCGGGACUUGUGGCUUCCGGUUCUGCUGCACCUUCAAGAAGCGCCGGCUGAACCAGAGCACCUGUACGAACUACGACACGCCGCUCUGGCUCAACACCGGCAAGCCCCCCGCGCGCAAGGACGACCCCCUGCAUGACCCCACCAAGGACAAGACCAACCUGAUCGUUUACAUCAUCUGCGGGGUGGUGGCCGUCAUGGUGCUGGUGGGCAUCUUCACCAAGCUGGGGCUGGAGAAGGCGCACCGGCCCCAAAGGGAACACAUGUCCAGGGCCCUUGCCGAUGUCAUGAGGCCACAGGGCCACUGCAACACGGAGCACAUGGAGAGAGAUCUCAACAUUGUGGUCCACGUCCAGCACUACGAGAACACGGAUACCAGAGCCCCCAUAAACAACCUCCACCCCACCCAGAUGAACAACGCAGUCCCCACCUCCCCGCUCCUCCAGCAGAUGGGUCACCCCCACUCAUACCCCAAUCUGGGGCAGAUCUCCAACCCUUACGAGCAGCAGCCGCCCGGCAAAGAGCUGAACAAGUACGCCUCCUUGAAGGCAGUGGGAAGUUCUGAUGGUGACUGGGCAGUGGCGACCCUUAAGUCACCAAAAGCUGACAAGGUGAACGACGACUUCUACACGAAGCGCCGGCAUCUGGCCGAGCUGGCGGCCAAGGGCAACCUCCCCCUGCAGCCGGUGCACCUGGAGAACGAGCCGCGGGCCUUCAGCCCGGAGCACGGCCCCGCCAAGCAGAAUGGACAGAAGUCCCGAGCCAACAAGAUGCCCCCCCACCCCCUGGCCUACAACUCCUCCACCGCCAACUUCAAGGGCUGGGACCCCAACGAGCAGUCUCUCCGGCGUCAGGCCUAUGGCAACAAGGCCAAGCUGGGGACGGCCGAGUCGGGCUCCAGCGACCCUUUGGGACCUCGCCCCCAGCACUACCCACCCCCACAGCCAUACUUCAUCACCAACAGCAAAACAGAGGUGACUGUCUGAGCUCUGGCGCCGGAGAGCGCCCUGGAGACCACACUCAACUGAGAGAGGCAAAAAAAAAAUUAAGGAAUCACCCAGUCCACUGCCCCCUCCUGCCCCAGCCCCCAGCGUCCACCUACACACUCACCCUCCACACGACUAACCUACCGGCGACGUGAAGUCGCGUCUUUCCUGGGUCCUGCCUGGCCCGUGACGAUGGGCAACCGAGCAAGACGGAAGCCUGGACAUUUAGCAAGACAGCCGAGGGGGAAACUGAGGCUUGCUUUCUUUUCUACCGCAGCCCCCAGCCCCAUCCAAGUUAUCUGCCCACCCUGUGGGGGCUCAUUCAGUCUUUUUCCUCUGCACGAGGGGCAUACGGCAAGGGACACAGUUGAGAGAAAUUGUCCUAUGGCAUGUCCCAGCGUUGGUCACACUUCAGGCUGAGAGAGAUGGAGAGUGAGAGAGGACCCGCAGAAUGUUCUGGAAAAGGGGCAGUCGUUCAGGGGAGGCAUAAGUGCAUCGGAAGCCUUUGGCUCGUUCCAAGAGGAGACGCAAACCCCAAAUUCCCACGAGCCUAUGAGACUACCCUUGGACUCUGAGCAUUCUACAGACAGUGAUAUUCACAUCGCCAGUGUUGGAAGCAAAAAACAACCCCCCCCCCCACACACACACACACUUCAGCUCACAAAAGCAUUCACAGACCCUGAACCCUCCCAAUGGAGCUGGAAAGGAAGCACGUGCUAGAGAACGUCCAUAAAGACCUUGGCCAGGGACACGGGAGGAGCAGGCGUUGGUGGCGGAAGGAGGGGGUAGGGUCUAGAGACUUUCACAUGACACUUUUUUUUUUUUUUGCAAAGAAUAAAAUCAAAGCCCACUACAAAGCAGACAAAAAGAGCAAAUUUUAUCUCUGCCCCUGCCCCGCCACCUCCCCAUCUUCCAGGCGGGAAACCAACCAUGAUAUGAACUGCCACCCUUUUUUUAAAAAAAAAAAAAAGAAAUCACCUUUGAAAAGUUGGCUAGAGGCGAGAGGAGGCCCAGAAGCUUCCGUGUUUGGGGGAUUCCUGCAGCGUUCUGGAGAGUUCUUCGCCGUUCUGGAGAGUUCUUCGCUGUUCUGGAGAUUCCUUCUUGCCUCCAAGGCAAGUCAGAGACGCAGAACCAAAUCCUCUAGGAACUGGUGACCCCCGGCCCCCUGCCCCCUUUCAGCUGCCGCCGCCGCUGCCAAUCUUCAACUGCUUUGGACUGAAAAUGUCAUAAGCGUGGGUGGUGCCUUCAAUGUGUUUCUGUUCAAUGACCGUCCCGUGCCCGUGUGCAGCCUCCGUCCUUUCAGCCUUUCCUCCCUCCUGUGUUUCUGCAGUAUUGUUGGUGACCCCGGUCUCCCCCACACUCCAAGGGGGUUGCUGUAAUGUCAGGGGGCCCAAUGUCAGAGAUUCCCCCCCUGCUGCCCACAGGGUCCAAAUGCCUCCCAUCCUUCCCUUCCUGAGCUCCCGACCCUGUCUGAUGGAGAAAGGCCGACUGAGCAUGUCUGGGUCCCGUACUUCCCUCUGCCCCUCCAGACCAUCUCCUGGAUACAUCUGUGCAUUCACGCCCCACCCUCCUUCCAAAACUCCCCAGAUUGUUCUCACAGCAAGUAAGCAGGUCUCAGGGGUUCCAACACAGUUUCCUGCCAGUGCUAUGGUUAGUGGAAACCCAACGUGGGGGCUUGAGAGCAACGGGAUGGCGUUGAAGGGGAGAGAUUUUCCCCCACUCUUCGCUGACGACGGGGUACUUCCUGGAGACGUCUGCUUCCGGUGUUGGAAGCGGCGCACCCUCGGGUCCAGCAGGACUCAGAGCACAUGUGACUAAGAUUCCCCCUUUUUUUUUUAAUCAAGGCUGUUUCUGCUUGGCUGAACAGUGCGGGGUCAGUACCCUCUGUCCCAGCUGCUUAGCUAGGACCCACCCCCCCCACCCCCCCCCGCUCUCCAGAGUGGAGCGAGUGCCAAUGGCCACUGUCUGUUGGUCUGAGUGACCUAACACACUCUAUGGCUCCAGGUCAGUGCUGGUGUCUAAGUGGCUUCAUUUGAAAUACUUUCAAUUUGCGAAAGAAAACCUCCCAGCCUCGGCACAAACAGAAAACCAGUGUCGAUGCCCCUGACCAAAAAAACGUAAGGAUGAAAUUAAGUCCAGAAGCAACAAGGCAGCAACUAAGUCCUGGUUAAAUAGGUGUGGAAGCCUGUGAACCUACAGUGGUUUUCUCUUCUCUUUUGCUCCUCCUCCUCCUCUUCCUCCUCUUCCUCCUCCUCCUCUUCCUCCUCUUCUCUUUCUCCUCAUCUUCCUCCUUCUGUAUUUCCUCCUGAAACUACAGCUCAAUUCUCUCCCUCCUCCUCCUCCUCCUCCUCCUCCUCUUCUCUUUCUCCUCUUCUUCCUCCUUCUGUAUUUCCUCCUGAAACUACAGCUCAAUUCUCUCCCUCCUCCUCCUCCUCCUCUUCUCUUUCUCCUCUUCUUCCUCCUUUUGUAUUUCCUCCCGAAACUACAGCUCAAUUCUCUCCCUCCUCCUCCUCCUCCUCCUCCUCUUCUUUCUCCUCUUCUUUCUCCUCCUCCACCUCCUCCUCCUCUUCCUUCUCCUCCUCUUUCAUUCCUCUCUCUAUGGAAAGAUUUGACUGGAUGUAAAGAAUUGUUAAAGAUAAAACAACGGCCAGUGGAGACUUUCUCUGCUGCUGUUGCUGACGGGCUGACAAAACGGAAGGGGAAAUCCUUGAGGCAAGAGGAGUGAGCGAGGAGGAUGAAUUAGCACCAGAUGAAUUACCCCUAGAUCCACACUCCGGUUCAGCGCACUGUGCGCACAUGUGUGGUAUACAGCUCCUAACCCAGGGAGUCUGCAUUGGCUUCUCCAGUCUCCAUCACUCACAAGCUCUGAUCUGGGCUCCCCCCGUAGCUCACCAUUAAACUGGGCCCCCACUUCAGCUCUCCCGGCCCUGAUGCAGGACCCUCUUCCGGCUCUGAAUUGACAGGGUCCCACCACCUCCUGGCUCCCUCCCUCUCAGAGUUUGCUGCCCCCCCUUGUGAGUUUCCUUGGUUGAAGUCUGCAGCUGUGGCUUUGGCAGAAGAGGUGUUGUGUGGUCAGCACCAUGAAGAAGGAAGACCCCCCCCACCCCAUAGGGGUGGCCCCUCCCAACUCCUUACCCCUCACCCCAGUGGGAGGGGGGCAGCAGAAAUAGGAAAGUCACUUCUUGGUCCUCCUCUGGGAGGAGGAAAAGGCUGAAAGCGUGUCGUGGCGUGUGAUCUAUGGAACUGUCUGGACCGGUCAUGGCUCCAUGGACAUCCUGUAGCUAGAGAGGAAGGAUGGAGAAGAGGCGGGCCAGAAUAAAGCAGAGACACUCUCUUGUGCCUCUAGUGGGCUUCUCCUUCUUGCCUUUAGCUGUCCCCCCACCUCCAGCCCCCAUGGGACCCGAGUCUGCCAACCCUUUCUUCCCACAGUGACUCAGCCUCCAUCUGCCUUGGGCUCCGCCUGGCAUCCCCCUUCCAGCUCCCCUGCCCCAGUUUUUUUGUGUAAAUGGAGCAUAUUUUACGUGCGAAUAUUUUAGUAACCGUAUGUUCUGCAAGUAAACCUGUGUUCAUACUUGUCGACAACUACAGAGUUUAUGAUACCAAUAACUACUUCCUACAAAGAAGAAAAAAAAAAACAUUUGUUUGUUUUCUAAGAAUGUUUAUUUGUAAACAUAUGUAUUCACUAUAUUAAUAUGAAUUUCUUACCUGGCAAUAAAACAAAUUCUAUGUGA